GACAGCAAAUCAAAACACAAACACAAAAGAGAAAACACAAACACAAAAAAAGAAAACACGACAGCAAAUCAAAACACAAACACAAAAGAGAAAACACAAACACAAAAAAAGAAAACAUGACAGCAAAUCACAAAUGCAAACACAAAAAAGAAAACGCAACCGCAAAUCCCAAAACAGGACAGCAUCAUCGGUCUUCUUCUUCUUCGUUGUAGUUUAAUAGCGGUUUACUCCGCUGGGGGUGGAGUACUACUGCCACCUGCUGGAUGUCGGAACGGGAAAGUAAACCCGAACAUGGACGCCGAAAGCGAAAGUUUGCUCGAAAUUAUCCAACAAUAUUUUCAUGCAGGACACACAUAUGACGUUAUAGUCGACAUGUUGUCAACUAUUCACGGCAUUGGCAUGAGCGUUCGAACGCUGAAGACCUGCUUGAAAGAAGCUGGCUUCUUUAGACGCCGUAACUACUCCCCAAUAUUCGAGGUGAGGCGUGCAAUUCUGACCGAGCUUGAUGGACCAGGGCAACUAUUCGGAUAUCGGACUAUGUGGCAAGUCCUACAACAGAAACUUGGACUUCGUGUAAAACGUGACGUGGUAAUGAGGUUGCUCAGACAACUGAGCCCACAACGGACGGCUCUGAGGAGACGCAGGAGGUUCACACGGCGUACCUAUCACUCCAUGGGUCCAAACUAUAUAUGGCAUGUCGAUGGAUACGAUAAACUCAAACCAUUUGGCCUGGCUCUCUCUGGAUGCAUAGAUGGAUUUUCACGAAGAAUCAUGUGGCUUGUUUGUGGACCGUCAAACAACAAUCCAUCUGUCAUCGCUCACAACUACAUAAACUGCGUCAGGACUAUUGGUGUUGUUCCAAUGCGAUUACGAACUGACCUCGGAACAGAAAACGGAACAAUGGCAGCAAUACAAUGCACCCUCCGCCAUGGGCAUACGGACUAUUAUGCAGGCUUGUCCAGCCACAGUUACGGCUCAUCAACAGGGAAUCAGCGCAUCGAGUCGUGGUGGUCUUUUUUCAGAAGAGGAAGGUUGGCAAAUCUAUCAUUGAAAGGUGAAAUGUUUAUUGGUAACUGUAUAGUGAUCGACUGUGUUUGUCCACUGUUGAUUUUUCACUCCCAUGUCUGUCAUUGUGAGUAUUCACAUUAAAUAACAAACAGCUUUGCAUUAGCUUUAAUUCAGUGUUUCAAAUGUGUUCUUCAACUUUUUCAUAUGAAUACAAAGUGCAUAGAAAUGUUUCUACCGCCAAAAUGCAAUUAUAUCAGUGGCUGAAUACGUUUCCAGUCUGAUUUGUUCUGUGUGAAGUAAGUAACUUCAUGUCUAAUGUAUCCCCAGGUCUCAGUUUUGGAUGGACCUUUUUGGAGACCUGAGAGACUCUGGAUUUUUCAAUGGCAGCCACGAACACCAGUGUUUGCUGAGAUUUUGCUUCAGUAAAGUCCUUCAGAAAGACCUGGAUGAAUGCGUGGACCUGUGGAAUAAGCACCGGAUUCGUCCAAGCAGACCAGCAUCAUGUCCAGGAGGGAUCCCAAAUGAACUAUAUCUCUUGCCCCACAGGUAGUAAAGGUUUACAUCAGUGGUUCUCUCUAGUGGUCCUCUCCUCUCCUAUUCGUUCCUCUUCUUCCUCCAUGCUCUCCUCUCUCUCUCCUCUGCUUAUUCAAGGAGCAAAAGUUAGUACAAUCUUGUAUUUAGAGGCUCAGUCUCUGCGAUUGUUGAUAAAUGUUUCUGUGUAUCAUCUUUUUUUUCAGAUUUGGUUCAAGGGACUGUGGAUUAUUUGUUGAAGAUGCAGAGCUGGAUGUGUUUCCCGAGGCAAGACAAGAGAUUGAUUUUUACAGUGAUGCAGACAUUGAGGAAUACCUACAACAGGCUGUGGAACAAAACAGACUACAACAGCCACAAGACUGGAGGACAGCCUCAGACCUUUACACCACUCUGAAGCAAAUAGCUGGGCUGUAGAGACUGAGUCCCAGGUCCCUUUGGUCGGGCUGCUCUCCACUAUGUUUGUCCACUCAUCAGUCAGUUUAGGGGGGUCCAGCUGCUGGCACAGUCCUUACCCUGCUGCUCCAACCAGUGUUAACAGCCCUGCAGAUUGGCGUUUCCCCCGAUCUUCAGUGCCUAACCAUGUCUCCCUACUGUCAGUUGUGAGAAUGUGUAUAGUUAUAUUAAUAUGUGUAGAUGGUGGUGGGAGGCACUGGUUUUUGACUUAAAUUAUUUGAAAAAAAAGAGCAUUUUUUAACCACUUUAGUUGUUAUUCUAAAUUUUUAUGAAUCUUUGUG